AUGUCCACGAAAUACGCCCUUGUCUCCCUCCCCCUCGGUAUCUUCGACUCGAGCGACAAAGAAGAUGCUAUUUCCUCGCUAAGCGCUACCAUUUCGCCCGAGAACGGCAACGUGCGACCUUUCAAUAUUCCCGACUUCAAGAUUGGUACACUGGAUGCUUUGGUUCAGCAAGCCGACGAUUUGGCCAAGCUCGAAUCUACUUGCGAAGCUGUCGUUGCCAAGGUUGCCGAUUCUCUGAAGUCAAUUCUCGACAAUGACGAAGAGAAGAUCGCCCAGCAGAAGAUGGUCAACGACAAGCCGACCGACCAGUACGUCAGCUCGUUUGCGUGGAACAAGGUCAGGUACCGCGCCGACAAGAGCCUGAGCGAGCUUGUCGAUACGUUGCAGAAGGAACUCAUGACCACCGACAAUGAUGUCAAGAGCAAAUUUAAUCAGUAUAAUUCAGUCAAGACGAACUUCACCACCCUGCAGCGCAAGCAGACGGGCAACCUCGCUACAAAGUCUCUCACUCCGAUCGUCGACCCCGCCCUCCUUAUCCAAGAUUCCGAAUACCUCGAGACACACUUGAUUGUCGUCCCUAACAACGCCAAGAAGGACUUCCUGAGAAGUUACGAAACACUGGCGCCAAUGGUUGUCCCGCGAUCCGCUGUACAAGUUGCCCAGGACGAAGAGUUCACUUUGUAUGCCGCCACGUCGUUCAAGAAACACAGUGCCGAGUUCCUGCAGAAAUGCCGCGAGCAGAAAUGGACUCCUCGCCAGUACAAGUAUGUCGAAGGCGGCAAAGAAGAGGAGAAGCGCGAGCUCGAUCGGGUAGCUCGCGAAGAGAAGAAAACUUGGGGAGAAGCUCUAAGAAUUGGGCGUACUGGUUGGAGUGAGAGUGUCAUGAUUUGGCUCCAUGUCCUUGCUCUCCGCGUCUUCGUCGAAGCUGUCCUUCGCUACGGACUGCCCCUCGACUAUGUCAGCGUCCUUGUCAAGACGAACUCGAAGCUGUGCAAGAAAGUCAAGACGGCCCUCGACUCCAACUACUCAUACCUGGGAGGCAAUGCUUUCGGAAGGGACAAGCGCGGGAAGAUCACUAAAGAUGACGCAACGUUGUCGUCCGAGAUGGCGGCAGCCGGGUUGGGUGGAGGUGAAGGCCACGAAUACACGGCAUAUGUGUAUUACGAAUUCGACUUUCCAUGA